AUUUCAAAAAGCUGCAAUUUCCUAUGGUUGGCGUGAAAAGUGAAAACAAAACUCUUUUUGGUUUGAUGAAAUUUGCGUAAUUGUGCUACGAAGCAAAUAAGCCUGCUGUGAAAUGUCGGCCGACAAGGCAUUCGAGCUGGUUCGAGAGUUGACAAGAACGACCGAAACUAUUCCUGCCUUCAAUGAUGACGGCGUACGAUCCGUUUUGGAAGAUAUUAACCAAAUUUAUCAGGAGAAUUACAGUUUUGCCAUGUCGUACAACCAAACCGGCGACCGCAAAUACCUCCCGCUCGUUAUGUACCGGCACAAGCUGAUCCAGCGGCAGAAGCGCUGCAUGAUGGUCUACCUGUACAGCCGGAUUCAAAAGCUGAAGAAAGUUCGCUGGCAUCUGGGCGCCACGCUGCCUGCCGACAUCAAGGCCAACCUUAACGAACCGGAACUGCAGUGGUUCAACAACUAUUCGAAAAUCCUAGCCAACUACAUGAUGACGAUCGGCGACGGUCAGGGUCUAAAUCUGACGAACGAUAUCAAACCUCCGAAGUCGCUCUUCAUCGAGGUUCGCUGCCUGACCGACUACGGUAAGUUCGAACUGGAAAGCGGCGAAAUAGUUCUGCUGAAAAAGAACAGUCAGCACUAUCUACCGAAGCUGCAGUGCGAAGCCCUGAUUCGGCAGGGUAUCCUUCAACACAUUGUUUGAUAUGAAUCGAUUUUAAACCAUAAAAGCGAAAACGAAAGGAUUAAAUUAAUGUACAACAAUAA